AUGCAUUUCUUCCGAUGGUUCCAAGUUCCAGCGAGAGGGAAGGACUACAGGCUCGUCCACGCCUUGCUGAGCAUCGAUAUGUGGCUCAUGCUCAUCGCGACUUCCUGCGGCCUGGGAACCGUGUCCACUUUCUACAACAACUUGGGCCAGCUGAGCGCCUCCCUGGGAUACUCCACCGCAAGGAUGAACAUCUUCGUGGCUCUCCUCAACAUCUGGGACUUCCUGGGAGCAAUCGGCUGCGGCUUCGUGUCCGAGAUACUCCUCCACAAGUUUGGCAUUGGACGGCCGUUCGUGUUCGCUGCGGUGGUCGGCUUUCUAGCGCUCGGCAACUUGCUCAUCGCCUUGGGCCUUCCCGGCGCGCCGUACAUCGGCUCCAUCAUCAUCGGCCUCGCCACCGGAGGCCAGUGGGCGGUGCUGUCGACCAUCAUCGCGGAGAUCUUCGGGCUCAAGCACUAUGGAGUUCUCCAGAGCUUCCCAAACGUUGCAAAGGGGAUUGGGACGUAUGUCCUGUCGGUGGAAGUUGCGGGUGUGUUCUACGAUCGGCAAGCCAGGAGAUACCGGGGCCCGGACACGCUGGAGGCCUCGCUCUUGUGCGACGGUGCCAAGUGCUACAGGGAAACGUUCUUCGUCAUGGCCGCCACCUGUUUGUUUGGGUGUGCUAUCGCCGUGGCUCUCAGCUUAAGGUCCGCCAAGUUCUACAGUGCGGAGGUGAAGCCCAGCUUGACGAGAAAAGUUGCUGCUGUUGUUGACGAUGCAUGCUAG